AUGGCUAGUCGAAUUGAACGCUUUGGACGUCAAGGCCCGCCCAGAGGGGCAGGCGGAUUCGCCCUAACGGGGCCUUUUCGGUCUCGGUUACACAGAACACGGUCAGAAUUGACCAAUGCAAACCUGGUCACGAUUGACCAAAAUGAACACGGUCACAAUGACCAUGAAGGAGGGGCUCAAUACCCUUAUCCAAUGAACCAUCCCACCCACCGGCAUUUUGAUGAUGUACGGACUUUCAUGCAAGUGAAGGCCAAUGCUAUGGAACGCCUGCCUCAAGAAGAGUCUUCGAGGAGACAUUUCAUGUCUGGUCGGGUGGAGUUGGGCGGAUGGUGCGAUCUCGAUUGGUGA